AUGGCCAAGGGUGACUAUGUUAUAGGAGCGAUCUUCCCUCUUCACUAUAACCAGGAAAUGCCAGACCUCAACUGCACUUACAAACCACCACCAGUGAAGUGCAAUGGCUUUGAUCCCAGGGCUUUUCGCUGGGCUCAGACUAUGAGACUGGCAGUGGAGGAGAUAAACCAUAGUUUAGAGCUAUUGCCCAAUUACACACUUGGGUACAAAAUCUUUGAUUCGUGUGCAUAUCCACUGACUGGCCAGAGGGCUGCUAUGGCUGUGCUGAAUGGACUAAGCGAGGAUGACUUUCCCAUGUGUAGUGGUGCCUCAUCGCUCCUUGCUCUCAUUGGCGAAUCUGGCUCUGCUCAGUCUAUUGUAGUAUCAAGAAUCCUGCAGCCAUUCAGAAUCCCAAUGAUCAGCUACUUUUCUUCAUGUGCAUGCCUCUCUGACAGAAGAAAAUUUCCAACUUUUUUCAGAGUAAUCCCUAAUGAUGAUUAUCAGGUGAGAGCCAUUGCUCAGCUGCUGGUGCGCUUCAACUGGACUUGGGUGGGACUGGUGCGAGGGGACCAUGAAUAUGGGCGCUUUGCUGUACAUGGUUUACUGAGAGAAUUAAAGGGUACCAAAGUGUGUGUGGCAUACCAAGAAAUGAUCCCUUUGCUCUACAAUCGCCAGAAGGCACUGAAGAUCAUGGAGGUGAUGCGUACCUCUUCUGCAAAAGUGGUGGUGGUAUUUUCAGCUGAGGGGGAGAUGACACCAUUCUUGAGAGAUUACAUGAUGCAGAACAUUACUGGAAUCCAAUGGGUGGCUAGCGAGGCCUGGGUCACAGCAUCUGUCUUCACAGGGAGCGAGUAUUACCCUUAUCUGGGGGGUACCAUUGGGUUUGGCAUCAGGAAAGGUCAAAUAUCCAGACUCAGUGACUACCUACAGACAGUAAAUCCUAGUAUGUAUCCCAAUAAUCUUCUGGUUACAGAGCUUUGGGAAGCUCUGUAUGGUUGCAAUCCUUCUCUAUCCUCUGGAUCCCAGCUACCUCCCUGCACAGGGCAGGAAUCCCUGUUGGAGCAGCAUUCAGCCUACAUGAAUACCUCCAGCCCUAGAGUGGCAUAUAAUGUCUAUAAGGGUGUAUAUGCGAUUGCUCAUUCCCUCCACAACCUUCUUCUCUGUCAACCUGGCAGUGGGCCUUUCCAAAACAACUCAUGUGCUCAAAGAAACAACAUACAACCCUGGCAGCUCCAGUACUACCUUCAGGAAGUGACAUUUAACAUUGGCGGGGAGGAGGUGAACUUUGACCUGAAAGGCGACUCGGUACCCUACUAUGAUAUCAUCAACUGGCAAAGAGGCACAAGUGGGAAGAUUGAGUUUGUCGACGUGGGGUUGUUUGAUGGAACCAAGCCUGCCGGAGAGGAGCUGGUGAUCCAGGAGGACAGGAUAAUGUGGGCAGGGCACCAGAGUGAGGUGCCAGUGUCUGUCUGCAGUGCCAGCUGUCAUCCAGGGUCCAGGAAGGCUGUCCGUCGUGGGGAGCCUGUUUGCUGCUUUGACUGUGUACCAUGUGACAGUGGCAAAAUUAGCAAUCAGACAAAUUCAAUAGAGUGCACAUUUUGUCCUGAGGACUUCUGGUCAAACAAAGACAGGACAGCCUGCAUACCCAAGAAGGUGGAGUUCUUGACCUAUGAUGCCUUGGGUAUAGCCCUGACAGUGACUUCUGUAGUGGGUGCCUGUCUCACUAUAGCUGUCUUUACAGUUUUUUUCUGUCAUAGAAACACAGCCAUUGUCCGUGUGAAUAACUCUGAACUCAGCUACUUUAUCCUGUUCGCACUGACUCUAUGUUUCCUGUGUUGCCUGGUGUUUAUUGGAAAGCCAACAUCUUGGUCCUGCAUGCUGCGCCACACUGCCUUCAGUAUCAGCUUUUCACUUUGCAUCUCCUGCAUAUUAGGGAAGACACUAGUGGUGUUGGCUGCUUUCACUGCCACCAGGCCAGGGGACAACAUCAUGAAGUGGCUGGGGCCCAAACAGCAGAGGGUCAUUAUCUUCAGUAGCACUCUGGUUCAGGUGGUUAUCUGCACUGCCUGGCUCAUUGAUGCUCCUCCUUUUCCAUCCCGAAAUACACAAUAUGAACGCUCAAAGAUCAUACUGGAGUGUAGUGUGGGCUCCAGUCUUGCCUUCUGGUGCGUUCUGGGAUAUAUUGGUCUACAGGCCUGUCUGUGUUUUAUUCUAGCUUUUCUGGCCCGUAAGUUGCCAGGCAACUUCAACGAGGCCAAGUUCAUCACUUUUAGCAUGCUGAUCUUCUGUGCUGUGUGGCUGGCAUUCAUCCCAGCUUAUAUCAGCUCCCCUGGAAAAUAUGCAGAUGCAGUGGAGUCAUUUGCCAUCCUGGCAUCAAGCUUUGGCUUGUUGUUCUGUUUGUUUGCUCCAAAGUGUUACAUUAUUUUACUGAAACCAGAAAAGAAUACAAAGCAGCACCUAAUGGGAAAAGAAAAUAAGUAA